AUGGCGCCACGACCGCUUGCCAUACGUCCACCCGAGCGCAACCUCACGAUCCCCCUUCCCACACCCUCGGAGAAGACGGCGAUAUAUCCUCAGCGCGAGCGCGGCAGGACAGUCGAGCAGACGCACUCCCGGCUCAUGCAGCUCCCCCUGGAGCUGAGGCAGAUGAUAUAUCGAGCCGUGCUGGGAGACAGCACGAUGCAUAUGAUCCUGAAGCGCAACAAGCUGGGGCAUCUGCGGUGCAAGGCGCCCAGCGCGCUGGAGUGUCCCUUGGGCUACAACGGCCGGACGCUGAGCCGCGAGUGCUGCUGGGGCACAGUGGAUAGCGCGAACAUAUGGUCGCCCAUGAGCGGCAACGUGGACGAGCCAACGGACGGCAACAUCAUCCCGUUCCUACAAACAUGCCGGCAAAUCUACUCCGAAUCCAUAGACUUCCUCUACUCCACAAACUGCUUCUCCUUCUCCGAUCUCGACUGCCUCCGCUACUUCUCCUGCACCACGCUCCCCGCCCGCUUCGCCCUCAUCCAGACCCUCGACAUAGAAUGGUGCAUGUCAUGGCCCAUCUACGACCCCAUCGCGCAGGCCCUGUUGCUCUCCAACCCUGCGCUGUACCCCCCGCACGACGAAGCAACCUGGGAGGAAACAUGGCGGAUAAUAGCAGACAUGCCGAAUCUGAAGUUCAUCCGCGCGAGCUUGUUGUACUUUGAUGGGUUCAGGGACCCAGGCUGCGAGGAGAGGAUGCUGGCGCCGCUGAGGAAGGCUACGACGCCGAAGCGGUUUGAGGUCCACGUUAGUUGGGCGGGGGACGAGAUCGAGGGAGCGCCGUUUCAAUUGAUUCGCCCGAUUAGGCAUGAUCCCGAUUUUGAGGAUGAGGAGUGGUGA